AUGGUAUUACCAUGGAGGCCAGCGCGCGCUCCCAUUUUAUCCGAGCAGGGCAGGCGGCGCUCAGGAAGAAGGCCGCACGGGGCACGGAAGGCCAGGGAGGGGAGCACGUUGGCCACGGCUAGCCGGCGCGCGGAAACGGCACCCGCAGAUGGGAGCGCUACCAGCCCAGCCCCGCACCCCAGCGGGGAGCGCGGACCACCCCGCCACACCCACGCCAACGGCGGCCAGCACGCCCCCACCGGCCCCCCGACAGGCGGCACGCGGACCCGGCGCGGCCCCGCCCAGACCCUCCCGGCCCACACCUGCCACACCCACGCCUGGGCUGCCGGCACGCCCCCACCGGCGUCCCUCGAGGGGCGCAGCGCGGACCCGACCCCGCCCAGCUCCGCCCCGCCCAGCUCCUCCCGGCCCACUCCGCCAUCUGCGCGAGGCCGGCCCGGCCGGGGUCCGCCUCUCAAUCCCGCCACCGCGCCGCCCAAGUCGUUUUCACAACGGCUCCGCCUCAACCGUCGGGAGAUGGCCGCCCCCCCUUCCGCCCGCCGCCAGAGGCCGGCCCGGUGCCGCGGUCCUUCCCCACACAGCCCCGCCCAUCAGGGUGGCCCGCCACGGCCCCCGGCUCAACCUGCGGCUGGAGAAGGCCUCCGCGUCGCGCCCACGGAGCCGCCGUUACGGUCGCCGCCCCGCCCCGCGUCUCGUGCCUCAGCACCUCACCUCAGGAGGCCGACGGAGAGCGGGAAGCGUCUGCCCAAUCGGCGCCGCCUGCGUGCGGGACCCCGUCCUAUCAGCGCGGCACGCAGGAUGCCGGUCGGCCCCAGGAGACCCCCUGGCUAUCCACCACCACUCUGGACGUCGACGGCUGGACGGGGCCGCAGAGACCCGGGGUACCAGCCUAACCUGCGAGGGGGGCGAGGGUCCGACUCCCUGGAGGAACACACACUGUGGCCCGCGGACGACCGCAGAGGCAGAGCGGGCGGGUCCCCACUGACUCUCGCGUACUGCCCCUGCUGCUUGACUUUACAGGCCGGCCACCUGCUCCACCCGGCCACGCCCCCGGAGGUCACGCCCUGAAGACCACGCCCCCUGGCGCCCCGCCCCCGCCCCGCCCCCAUCUUCAUUUCCUAGAAGCAGGAGGUGCCAGGUUCUGCUGUCCUCAUUAGCCAAACCCCAGACUCCUGAGGGGCACCAGGCCCAGGCCAUCUAGGGGCGGUACUGGGCACAAUCAUCGACAAUAUAUUCCAGGCUUUUAGAACA